CCAAUGGGCAUCAGAAUGCCUUCUCUCCUGCUGAAGACUUUACUUGCAGAGUUCCAGUUCUGAAUCCUUGUCUUUAGGGUGCCUUCUCCUAAGCCCAGCUCCUUCUCCAGGGCCUGAAAACUUCAGAAAGUAGGGGGAAACUAGGGAGGAAGAAGUAUCCUAGAUCAGGUGGAGGAGGGAGGAGCAUUUCCUUUCCCUGAGGGUGCCCGCCUCUGCCCUUGUUUGCUCUGAGAUAGCCAGUCUCUCUCCUGCCCAGCACAAGGCGGCUGCUUUUCGGGCUUUCCUAGAGCCUUAGGCCCUCCAGACCAACAGAGGACAGGACCAGGAGACAAUCAUGGCCUGGGCCCUUAUGGGGGCUUUCCUCUGCGGACCCUUGCUGGGUUUCGUAUACCUGAGCGGGCUAGCUGUGGAGGUGACUGUGCCCACUGAGCCACUGAGCCUGCCAAAGGGUAAGACAGCUGAGCUGAGCUGCAGUUACAGCACAUCGGUGGGAGACAACUUCGCCUUGGAGUGGAGCUUUGUGCCUCCUGGGAAGCCUGUCUCUGCAUCUCUUCCUAUUCUGUACUUCACCAAUGAUCACCUGUACCCCACCGGCUCUAAAGCAGAUCGGGCCAGCCUUGUCCACAACCCUCCCACAGGAGGAGUGGCUACCCUGAAACUGACUGAUCUCCACCCUUCAGACACUGGAACCUACCUAUGCAACGUUAACAACCCACCUGAUUUCUACACCAAUGGCUUGGGGUUAAUCAACCUUACAGUGCUGGUGCCCCCCAGUCACCCCUUAUGCAGCCAUAGUGGGCAAACUUCUGUGGGAGGCUCUGCUGCGCUGAAAUGCAGCUCCUCCGAGGGAGCGCCCAAGCCUGUGUACAACUGGGUACAUCUCGGAUCUUCUCCUACACCUCCUCCUGGUAGCAUGGUUCAAGAUGAAGUGUCUGGCCAGCUCAUUCUCACCAAUCUCUCCCUGACUUCCUCUGGCACCUACCGUUGUGUGGCCAGCAACCAGAUGGGCAGUGCCUCCUGCGAGCUGAACCUCUCAGUGACUGACUCAUCUGAAGGCCGAGUGGCUGGGACUCUGAUUGGGGUGCUCCUGGGUGUGCUGCUGCUGUCAGUCGCUGCAUUCUGCCUGAUCAGGUUCCAGAAAGAGAGGAAAAAGGAGCCCAAGGAGACAUAUGGGGGUAGUGACCUUCGGGAAGAUGCCACUGCUCCUGGGGUUUCUGAGCAAGUUUCUAUGAGGGCCAGUUACAGCAAAAGUCUUCUGGAGAAGGCCCCAUCCGCCAGCACGGUGACAGCCAAGUCCAAACUCUCUAUGGUUGUCUGAUUUCUGAUACCCUGAGGGUGAUGAGGGGGAAUGUUAAUGAUUAAAGCCAUUGGGUACCAUGUUAGCUCCUUAUUACUGGUGUGGUGAAUUCUUCUCCGUGACCCAAAGGGAAGGAAUGGGUUUGAAAUCCCAA